AUGUUGUUUUCAACCAGACUGGUUGCUUCACGCUCAAACAAAAUCCUUGCUACAACAGGUCGCAGUGUUGUUGGCUUGCGUUCGUAUUCAAUCCAUCAUAAGAAUAAUAACAAGAUUGUAUCAUCAUCAUGGACAAAUAAUUUCGGAUUAAAAGCUUCUCCAUCGAAAUCUUUGAUCGGACGCACUGGUACGAUGACUGUAUCAGAUGUAAACAAUAUGAGAUUUGAAAGCAUAACUGUGAAAGUUCCUCCUCUUGGUGAAUCGAUUCGUGAUGGUGAAAUUGCUGUUUGGUUUAAAAAGGAAGGAGAUUCUUGUAAAGAAGAUGAAGUUGUUGUAGCCAUCGAUACCGACAAGGUGCAGGCCGAAGUGAAAGCUCCUCAAAGUGGUGCCAUUACAAAGAUUUUGGUUCCAAAGGUUGGAGAAAAAGUUGAAGUUGGAAGUGACCUAUUUGUUCUUGAUACAGCUGGAGCAGCAUCUUCCUCAGCAGCCACAUCCGAAGCAAAACCUUCUCAGCCUGCUUCACCUGCAACAACAACUUCAACAACACCUCGUUCGGAACAUCAUAAGAGAGAACCAAUGAUUAAGUUUAGAUACGGAAAGAGAGAUCUCAUCGAGCAAGAAAUGAAAUCCAAAGCAACAUCAUCACAACCAAAAACAACUGUUGCUACUCCACAACCUUCAUCACAACCAACAACAAAACCUUCUACUCCUUCUGCACCAACAGUUAGUGGCACUACUUUUUACUAUGAAUCUUUGAGCGACAUACCAGCUCAAUAUAGAAGAAAGAAACUCUCACAAAAAGAAAUCGACGCUAUUUCAUUUGGCGGUGAGGUUGCAAUUCCAGAUGUGAAGAAACCUGAAAAGAAAUCCGAGAAGAAAUAA